ACAUAAAAUAUUACUCUAUUACUAUACAGUACUGGUGAUAAAAACGGAAGAGAGAAGCACAAACAAAAGAAAAUUGUGUAAGCCAUGGAUCCUCAUCAACUUUUCAAAUCCACGGCCAAUGGUGAUGAAAGCAAUAAAAAGCUUCACAUAGUUAUGUUCCCAUGGCUAGCUUUUGGUCAUUUUAUCCCAUUUCUUGAACUUUCCAAAUUCAUUGCUCAAAAGGGUCACAAAAUUUCUUUUAUUUCAACCCCAAAAAACAUUGAUCGUCUCCCAAAACUUCCCUCUGAAUAUUCCAAUUCCAUAAACUUUGUAAAAAUCCCACUUCCCAAAGUUGAUGGCUUGCCAGAAUAUGCAGAGGCCACUAUGGAUAUAAGAACAGAAGAAAUUAUUUAUCUCAAGAAAGCAAUGGAUGGUAUGGAAAAAGAGGUGACUAUUUUCUUGGAGAAAAAUUCUCCUGAUUGGAUUAUUCAAGAUUUUGCACAAUAUUGGUUAGCUCCAAUUUCAGCCAAAUUAGGAAUAUCAAGAAUUUACUACAGCAUAAUCAAUGCUUGGUUCAUUUCCUUCUUUGGUUCCAUUGAGAACAUGAUCAACACCAACUAUUGUACUUCACCACCAAAGUUGGAGGAUUUUUUGGUUCCACCAAAAUGGAUCCCAUUUGAAACAAAGGCUGCGUAUCGCCGCCACGAGGCACGUUGGAUGGUGGGGUCAAGCCAGAAGAAUGUUUCUGGCGUUUCGGACCUUUAUCGUACUGGUAUCACGAUAAAAGGAUUAGACGCUAUUGUUAUUCGUCACUGUCACGAGUUUGAAGGUCAGUGGAUGAAGUUACUGGAGGAUCUUAAUCAUGUAUUCGUGCUUCCUACAGGGUUGAUGCCACCUGUAGUGCAAAGUAGUAGCGAUGAGAAGAAUGAAUCUUGGAUAUCGAUUAAAGAAUGGUUAGAUGACAAACCGAAAGGUUCGGUUGUCUAUGUAGCAUUAGGAAGUGAAGUGACGGUUGGUCAAAGCGAAAUCAACGAGCUGGCUCAUGGUUUGGAGUCAUCCGGAUCACCGUUCUUUUGGGUCUUGAGGAAGCCAUCCGGGUCGGGAAAUAUCAACCCGAUUGAGCUACCGGAUGGUUUUGAAGAAAGAACUAAAGGUCGAGGCAUAGUAUGGAAGAGUUGGGCACCUCAGUUGAAGAUACUAAGUCAUGACUCAAUUGGUGGAUUCUUGACUCAUUGUGGAUGGAGCUCGAUUAUAGAAGGGUUAAUGUUUGGUCAUCCUUUGAUUAUGUUACCUUUUUUGGUUGAUCAAGGACUGAACGCUAGAAUUCUAGAAGAUAAAGGGGCAGGUGUAGAAGUUCCAAGAAAUGAAAAUGAUGGGUCAUACACGUGUGACUCAGUGGCCAACUCAGUGAAGCUAGUAAUGGUGGAAAAUGAUGGAAAGAUAAUUCGAGAGAAAGCAAAAGAAUUGAGUUCCAUAUUUGGUAACAAAGACCUUCAUGAUAAGUAUAUAGAAAAUCUGAUUGGGUUCUUGGAAAAUCAUAGGAAAGUAAAGAACUAAUAGACAUAAUUUAGACAGAAUAAUGUAAGACACAAUAAAGUACCCCGUUUGGUGGAA